GUAAGCAAUAGCAACCGUUGAAAGGUGAAGAGAAAUAAACCGCAAAGACGAUAUACACAUGUAUGACUCAGUUAAAAAUUGAAACCGAAUGACAACACUGUUGAUCGAGAGUGCAGCAAAUGUGUUAUCACUAAUAGCAAAGCAAACAAUAAUAUAGGGCGUCUGGCGCGUUAGUGGUGGUUUUACCGUUCGGUGUGAAAUAAUGUUCGCGGCACGCGACGAAAUAUUAUCGGAUCGCGUUUUAGACGACAAAAUCGCAAAAAUGUGCGUUACAGACCAUACCACAGAUAGUGAUAAACAAAUAGACUUAACAGAUGAGGUAUCGAAUUUUUCUCUUCUGUCGGCCCUUUCGAGUCAACCGUUAGUCGGACCGGUCACCAUAGAAAACUCAGAAAACGUGCACGUGGGAAACGUAAUCUACAUAAAUAAUAUUAGGGUGGUAGACAAUCCGGGUUGGACUAUGGUGUCUAAAGACCGAAAACCUCAAUUCCCGUUGAUCAGGAGGAUCGAGUGGCUGGCACAGCCUAGCGUCAAUCCGAAAGAGUAUCUAGAAGAGCCCGCGAGAUUUGUUAUAAUAAGUCACACCGCCACCGAGGAAGGUUUCAGCCAAGCGGAAAAUGUGCUGUUGGCAAGACUGACCCAAACAUUCCACAUCGAAAGCAGGGGAUGGGACGAUAUCGCCUACAAUUUCAUGAUCGGUUCGGACGGCAACGUGUACGAGGGAAGAGGCUGGAACGUGGUCGGGUCGCAUACUCAGGGUUACAACGCGCGUUCCGUUGGGAUCGCGUUCAUCGGAUGCUUCCUGAACAAUCUACCCCCGGCAACCUCGUUGCUAAAGUGUAAAAAUCUCAUAGAGUUUGGCGUUAAAAUCGGAGCCAUACGCCAGGACUACCAACUGUUGGGUCAGUGCCAGUGUCGGCCGUUUUUAAGUCCCGGGCAGCGACUGUUCGACGAAAUCAAAACCUGGGAGAACUGGAACGAGAACGUUACCCCGUCGAAUCCCGGCGUUUGAACAUUUUCCGCGACAGUGUUUUUCUAUGAUGUAAUUUGUAUCAAAUAAAAAUAAAGGCGGUCCUGUUUACA